CGCCCUAGCUAGCGCAGCGACUAUUUACCAACAUUUGAAGCAAACCUGCAUUGACGGCGCAUGGCACCUACUCAACAGCAACAAGAAGAUGAUGAAGACGAUAUAGAUCCAGUCAAGCUUCUUCUACCAGAGGAUGAUUUUGAAUUAGAUAAUGGAAACAGAUCCAAUACGCUGCAACAUGUAACAGCCAAUCAACACCAUUAUAUCGGUUCGAUCGAGUCAACGAUAGUGAUCAGGCAACUCCCGUCCCAAGGCCUCUCCUUCCAGCUCUGGCCAGCAGCCACCACUCUCGUUACUCUCCUUGACCGUCACGGCUCCAAUUCUGCCACUACCGAACUCUCUCCUAUUAUCGGAUCCUUCUCAUCUAAUGGUCCACUCAAUGUCAUAGAGCUCGGCUCCGGCACUGGCCUUGUCGGGAUUGCAGCGGCUGCAACACUUGGUGCUAAUGUUACAGUCACCGACCUACCUCACGUGAUUCCUAACCUUCAAUUCAACGUGGACGCCAAUGCUAAUACGGUGGCGCUUCAAGGCGGAAGAGUCAAUGUGGCCGCUCUGAGGUGGGGAGAAGACGGUGGCGGUGAUGUGGAGAUUAUAGGGAGAGAUUUUGAUGUUGUAUUAGCAUCGGAUGUGGUUUAUCAUGAUCACCUAUACGAGCCUUUGCUUCAUACGCUGCGUUUGCUAAUGGGCGCAGGCGAGGAAAAGAAAAAGAAAAUGGUGUUUGUUAUGGCUCAUUUGAGGAGGUGGAAAAAGGAGUCUGUCUUCUUCAAAAGAGCAAAGAAAUGGUUUGAUGUUGAGACCAUUUACGUGGACAAUCCAUCCCAAGGGUCCAGAAUUGGAGUUGUGGUUUACAAAUUUGCUAACAAGGGUCAAAGUUUUCAUGCUGGGUAACGCAAUAGAACGUGACCAGAUUGUUUUUAAGAAGUGGGAAGGAAAAAUUGAAUGGUUGUUUCUACUUUCAUGUUUUGCAUUUGUUUUGUGAAAUUGUAGGGUUGAUGGCUUCGCACGUCGGUUUCGAAUUGAUUAGGGUCGAAAAAACACAGAAUUAUAACCCGUUUAAAUGGGUGACAGUGAUAUAUAAAUUUAAUUUUAAUUCCAUAUGACGCUCAUUUCAUCC